AUGAAAGUCAACUUUGCCCUUAAAACUGCUGGUGAAAUGGUGACUGGAAUCGAAGCUGUCGGGCUUGCACUUGCUGUUAUUCCUCUUCUCGUCAACCAGCUUGACGGCUAUGUUCGGGGUAUAGAGAAAGUCAAGUUGCUGCGGCGCUAUCGGAGAGAGCUCGCAACAUAUUCACGGGGGCUUUCAACACAGCGAGCGGUCCUUAUUAAUACGUUGAUACAAACUCUUGGAGGCAUUGUCAAUGAUGAACAUGAGCUUUCUGGGUUGAUCGAUAACCCACAAGGGCCAGGAUGGAAAGACCCUGUUUUACAGCGGAAGCUCCGUCUACGCCUAGACCGCAACUAUGAUCUAUUUCUGGAUAAUAUGAGUGGUCUUAAUGAGCAGAUAUUAAAGCUAGCUAAGAAGCUAGGGAUCAAUGUCUUAGAGAACAAGAGUCCCGACCCCAAAACGUGGGAUGUCAAGGAUUUCUGGAAAAUGCUCAGUAGAGCAGUCUAUGAGGAUCUCCUCGCAAAGAUAGAUGGAGCCAAUACCAUACUCAAGACUCUAUUGGAUCAAUCCCUCUAUCAAGAAGAAGCACGAAACAAGAAACGACACCCUUUGCCCCGUCUUCUACAACAAUAUCAAAAAGGACGCAAACACGCAGAAACACUCUUUAAAACUAUAUUCGGAGCCUACUGGCGCUGUGAAUGCAAUGAGCAACACUGUGUCCACCUCCAACUCCCAACAAACCCACUGGCAUCGCAAAAGGAGUCAGACGUCCAGUCGAAGCUUCAGAUGAAUUUCUCAAACACCGGCAAAACAGAUAAUCACAUAUGGACCUGGACAGAGGUGGUCUUUGAGCCGUGGCAAGACGAAAAGAUCCUAUCGCUAUCCAGCCUAUCAUUACACGAGUCUCGAACAAAGCCCAAAGUCCGCUUCGAUAUGCCAACGCCUAAAACAAAUCAGUCCGAAACAACACUCUCGUCACUAUCACCACUGCCACCACCACCAAUCAAGGAUUUCUGCUCGUCACUGCGCAUCACCGAAGUACAACUAACCGAACAAACCACCAACUGGACAACAACAGGCAUGAUCACAAGUCAAUUGGACUCUUAUAUAAUGCACGCCUCAACGAAAGCCCUCAGUCCAACACCCCCAAAACCAUUAACAGAAGUCAUAUCCCAAAUAAGCCGACACGAUCGCCUCCACAUCGCCACCGGCCUAGCAUGCGGCGUGAUCCAAUAUUGCGGUAACUGGUUGAAAUCCCGAUGGGACAGUUCUGAUAUUCACCUCACGGCCCAUAAAGAUGGUUGUGAUAUACUACUCGACAGUGUUUAUCUCUCCUGGCCACUUUCGAUUCCAGCAACAGAGACAGAGAUAGAGACACAAGCUACCGUUUCAGCUAUGCGACAGGCAAACAAUAAUCUCCUUUUACCGCUUGGGUUUGCAUUGGUGGAACUAUCACUUGGCAAGUCCUUGGACUCGUUAUACAAACCGGAGGAUCAGGAUUGGGAUGUGGAGAGGAUGAGGCGUAAUACUGCUAGCAGACUUGUUCCUAAGGUUUACCUUGAGAGUGGCGUGCCCUAUGGGGAGGCUGUGGAAAGUUGUCUGUCUUGGUCUAGUGCGCACUCUCUGUGUAUGGAUCGGGGGGUGGAAGAGCGUGUUUUUGAGCGGAUCAUUUCUCCACUAUUGAGGGAUUUGGUUAAUUUCGAAGGUAUGAUGUAG